AUGGUCACACCAUUUUCAUUAUCCAUUGAUCUCAAUGAUGAACCACCAAGUACAACAACACCUCAUUCUUCAACAGUCACACCAUUUUCAGCUUCCAUUGAUCUCAAUGAUGAACCACCAAGCAUAACAAUGCCUCCUUCUCCAAUGAUCAUACAACUUCAAACGGUUACACCAUCUACAACAUAUGAUGACGGCAAUGAUAAAAGACCCAACGCAACAACAUCUUUUCCUCAAAUGGUCACACCAGUUCCAACCAUUGGACCAUUUGAUGGCUCCCACAACAAGUCUUCCUCUGCUUAA